AUGCCUAAAACUCCAAUCCACGUCGAAGAGGAGAAGGCAUUGAGGGGCAAGUUGAUGAAAGUCCUGGAAGGUGAGAGUUGGCUGCAGGAGAAAUGGAUUCCCAAACUCGUUACAAUCGCUGGACAAGACAAGGUGCCUCUUGAUAUAUGGACGCAUGUGUCUCGUACACAAAAAGAUCUGAUGCAGGACCUUCUAGAGGGUUGUCAGACGACUUUUGAGUUGUCAGGGGUGUUGCGCUGUACCCCGGAGCUUUUGGGGGCGUUUACCCGCGACGAUAAAACUAGGGAUGCAGCGUGGGACGAACUGAAAUCCAUCGAGGGUUUGUGGUAG